UCUGAAAUCGUUUCUUUCUUCUCCAAAUCCACAAACAAAAGAAACGCGUUUUAAACGAUUUGAUUAUUUUAAAAUAUAAAAAAGAUCCGACGAUGGCUGGUUCGACCCGGAAAGAAAUGGAUCGGAUCAAAGGACCAUGGAGUCCUGAAGAAGACGAUCUGUUACAAACGCUGGUUCAAAAGCACGGACCAAGGAACUGGUCUCUGAUAAGCAAAUCAAUCCCUGGGCGUUCCGGUAAAUCUUGCCGUCUCCGGUGGUGUAAUCAGCUAUCUCCGGAGGUUGAACACCGUGGAUUCACGGCGGAGGAAGACGAUACGAUUAUACUAGCGCACGCUCGGUUCGGUAACAAGUGGGCUACGAUUGCACGGCUUCUCAAUGGUCGCACCGAUAACGCUAUUAAGAAUCAUUGGAACUCAACGCUGAAGCGGAAAUGUAGCGGCGGCGGCGGUGGCGGAGGAGAGGAAGGGCAGAGUUGUGAUUUCGGUGGUAAUGGAGGGUAUGAUGGUAAUUUAACAGAUGAAAAGCCGUUAAAACGGACGGCGAGUGGAGGAGGUGGAGGAAUUGUGUUGACGGCGCUAAGUCCAACGGGAUCUGACGUCAGCGAGCAAUCGCAAUCUAGUGGAUUUGUUUUGCCGGUUUCUUCUUCUUCUCAUGUUAUUAAACCGACGGCGAGAGCUGGUGGAGUGGUGAUUGAGUCAUCGUCGUCGGAGGAGAAGAAAGAUCCGAUGACUUGUUUGAGUUUGUCUUUGCCUUGGGUCAACGAGUCAACUCCGGUGGAGUUGUUUCCGGUGAAGAGAGAGGUAGAGGAGAAGGAAAGAGAGAUUUCUGGAUUUGGUGGAGAUUUUAUGACGGUGGUGCAUGAGAUGAUUAAGACGGAGGUUAGGAAUUAUAUGGCGGAUUUACAGCGAGGGAACGGCGGAGGAACUGGCGGCGGAGGAGGAGGUAGUUCGUGUAUGGUGCAAGGAACUAAUGGUCGUAAUGUAGGGUUUAGAGAGUUUAUUGGAAUAGGUAAGAUCGAGUAGUGAGAAAGAAGAGAUGAAUCAAAUCGUUUUUCAGUCGAAAAUGCGCGAAGAAUUGUGUAGCAAAUGCAGAGAAAGAGGGCUAAUUUCAUGAUUUGAGAUUGAAUUCAUUCGAAUAAAACUGAAUAAAUGUAUUGAUUUUGAUCA